ACUUCCGCGGCGCAACAUGGGGACUAGCGAGGAUGAACCUCCCAGCGUGCUUUGCAGCCCGGCCGCCAGCCGGUGUCUGGCGAUGGGGAGUCCCUGGGGCUUUCGGCCGCCAAACCUCCCGUAGAGGCUGCGGUGGAGCCGGGAGCCUAAGGCCCCGACGGCCAUCCCGGGGCGAGAUGGAAGCAUGGCGCUGUAUGAGGAGGGGCUACGGCCGCUGUGUGGUUGGCAGAGGCCGAUACCCCAUGUUACCCCAUCACCAGAGGAGUCUGGGCAGAGACUGGACUACACCGUGGGAGAAUCUGCAAAGGUGUUGCUGGAACAGACAUAUUUCUAGUUGUAUGAGGUGGCCUGGACAUUAUUCUCGUGCUCCUUACCCCUACUUCAGUAGUAGGCAUUUCUCGUUAAAUUGGAGACCACCUUGUUUGUUUGAGUCUAGAACUCAGUUUCAGUACUGGAAUUGGAGACCUGACAACCUGAGCCAGACAUCUUUGAUUCAUCUCUCUAGUUCCAUCAUGAACUCUGAGGGAGAUGAGCCUUCAUCAAAACGAAGAAAACACCAAGGCACCAUAAAACGGCAUUGGGAAUAUAUAUGUAGCCAUAAUAAAGAAAAUACGAAGAUUCUAGGAGACGAAAAUGUUGACCCCAUAUGUGAAGACAGUGAGAACAAGUUUGACUUUUCAGUGAUGUCCUAUAAUAUACUUUCACAAAAUUUAUUGGAAGAUAAUUCUCACCUCUAUAGACACUGCCGGCGACCAUUAUUACACUGGAGUUUUAGGUUUCCCAAUAUUCUGAAAGAAAUUAAACACUAUGAUGCAGAUGUACUUUGUUUGCAAGAAGUUCAAGAAGAUCAUUAUGGAACAGAGAUCAGGCCAAGUUUGGAAUCGUUGGGUUAUCACUGUGAGUACAAGAAUCGUACAGGAAGGAAACCAGAUGGCUGUGCCAUUUGCUUCAAACAUUCCAAAUUUUCACUUUUAUCAGUGAACCCAGUGGAAUUCUACCGCCCUGAUGUUCCUCUGUUGGACAGAGACAAUGUUGGAUUAGUGUUACUCUUGCAGCCCAAAAUUCCAAGUGGCGACUCUCCUGCAAUCUGUGUAGCUAACACACAUCUGUUGUAUAACCCAAGGCGAGGUGAUAUUAAGCUGACCCAAUUGGCAAUGCUUCUGGCAGAGAUUUCCAGUGUUGCCCAUCAGAAAAAUGGCAGCUUCCACCCUAUUAUUAUGUGUGGCGACUUUAAUUCUGUUCCUGGUUCUCCACUCUAUAGUUUCAUAAAGGACGGAAAACUGAAUUAUGAAGGACUUGCCAUAGGAAAGGUAUCUGGCCAGGAACAGUCUUCACGGGGACAAAGAAUUUUAUCUAUUCCAAUUUGGCCCCCAAACCUAGGUAUCUCACAGAACUGUGUAUAUGAGGUACAGCAGGUACCAAAAGUAGAAAAGACAGACAGUGAUCCGACACAAACACAGCUGGAUAAAACAGAAGUCCUAGAGACAGCUGAAAAGUUAUCUUCACAUUUACAGCACCAUUUCAGCUUAUCAUCUGUUUAUUCGCAUUAUUUUCCUGACACUGGGAUUCCAGAAGUGACCACCUGUCAUUCCCGAAAUGCCAUAACUGUGGAUUAUAUUUUCUAUUCUGGGGAAAAGAAAGAUGUUGCUGGGGAGCCAGGAACUGAAGUUGCUUUGGUUGGAGGCUUGAAACUUCUAGCUAGACUUUCACUUCUUACAGAAGAAGACUUGUGGACUGUUAAUGGACUUCCAAAUGAAAACAACUCUUCAGAUCAUCUGCCUUUAUUGGCCAAAUUCAGACUUGAACUCUGACUCUUCUUUGAAAAAAAAAAAUAUAUAUAUAUAUACCUUUCUUUCCAAUUUAUAUUCUUUUUCAAAGACUGUAAAGUUGUUCUUAAGAGUUUGCAUGUUGUUUAUUUUUGCGCCGUGGAGUUUCUGAAGAGGCUAUGUUAAAUGCUUGGAACUGAUAUCGAAGACACAGGUUUACAAUAAUUUUCUUUUUUCAUAAUGAAAGAAUAUUUUCCUGACAAAUGAUACCUAAAUUCUUUUUAUUGUAAAAUAAUUGUAAAUAUUUUUAUUCUGAAUUCUAGUAAAAUAGACAGUGACUUUUUAGAAUAGUGCAUCUUUAGACCUCUUAAAAAAUUCCAUUUUAUGUUUUUGGCAAGUUUUAUGGUGAAUCCCAAGUAUCUUUGAGUUCUUGCAAACCACAAUUCAUUUCCCUUCCGGAAAGCUUUAUUUCAUUGAGAGAAUCAUCAGUUUGUUGAAUCCCAAUUAGUUCAUCUCAGAAAUCAUUGAGUCAUUUUCAAAUAUCCAACCAUUUCAGUGUGUUUUUAAGGGGACUUGAUAAUGCUUUUUAAAAUUGUACAGAUUGUUUAAUCCACCUUGUUACUCUCCUGGGACAUGUAAUAUAUCUACAUUUUGUUGGGGUAAAAGGUCCCAUAACUAGAGGGAUGAAGACCACACAAGCCCACUUUUCCAUCCUGUAAUAGACCGUUAUAUGAGGCAGAUUGGGGUUAUGUCUUCAUUUCCCUGGCAAUUUUUUUCUUUUCUCUCUUCAGUUUUGAGAAAGGAUCUCUGGGUUAGGGAGAGAUUUUAUUUUAGUGAACUAAUUCUGUAGACAUUUAUUUUAUUAGGAAACUUGUCUUUGGAACAAAGUGGCAGCUAUAAGAUUAUUUUUGUUUUGCCUCAGAAAUUUGAGGAAGCCAGCAAAAAUAUAGUGUGUAAAUACCGACUUGGAGUUCUAAUAUUCUUUAGUAAUUCUGUUUGUGUUUUGCUUCUGUAAUGUGUUUUAAUGUGAUGUAGCAGUGUGAGAUAGUCCCAACAUUUUUUUAUGAAGUGGUUAAGAGCGGAUCUAAUCAUUAAUUCUGCAUUUGGCUCUGUGUUUGAAUCAAAAAUUUUAAACCAUAAAAAGAAAAUGUUCUCUUUUUUUAGACAUGGUAAUCAAAGAAUUGUGUGUAUUUUCACUGAAUAAUUUUAUAUUGAAUUAUACUGAAUUAUAAAAGUUUUUACAGUGAGUUUUCUUAAUGUAAUGCUUCACUUUAAAUUAGAAAGCAGUAGCUUUAUAGUCUUGGACUUUAAAAGUUUUUGUAUUAUCUACUGCCAUUAAUAAAA